UGUUACAGAAAGAAGACGCGGGCAAAAAAUCUAUCGUCUUCUUCGCUCGACCUCUUCUCUCUCUCUCUCACUCUAGUCUCUCUGCUUCCAGCCAGCGACGACGAUGCAGACGGCGAGCUCGCUUCUUUGCUCUUCCAACGCCUUGUCGCCGCCGCCGCCGCCGCCGCAAUCCUUCGCUCCCAGUCCGAGUCACGCCGCCGGUAUUCGGCACCACCUCCACCGCGCGGCCUCGGCCUCGUCUCCCUGUCGCGUUCGGUUGUCGUCGCGGCGCUCGCCAGCCGGGCCACCGCGAGUUGCCUCUCCUCUGCAGAGCACCGUUAUCCAGGAAACAGUUGAAACUAGUACAACCGAAUCAGGCCUUGUUGAAAUUGGGUAUAUAUCAAGUGUUCAUGGGCUGCAAGGGGAGAUCUGUGUCAAAUCCAGCACCGACUUCCCUGAACUGCGAUUUUCUCGGACUGGGAAAAGAUGGUUGAAGCAACAGGUUUUAGGCAAGGAGACAAUUCAAGAAGUGGAGUUGGUAGAGGGAAGAGGAUACCCUGGGCAGAAAAGUUGGCUACUCAAGUUUGAAGGAAUUGACAAUGUGGAACAGGCUAAGAGACUUGUUGGUGCAGCAUUACUUGUAAGAGAAGAAGAUAGACCAGUGCUUGAAAAAGGCGAAUUCUAUACUCGUGAUCUUGUUGGCAUGAGAGUUCUCCUCAAGGAAUCUGGUGAACCCAUUGGAACAGUUGUUAAUGUCUACAACAGUGGAGCAAGUGAUCUUUUGCAUGUCAUGCUUGAUAGUUCUGAUGGCGCUGGAAAGUCAAAGCUAGCAGAAACUGGUGCCUCCAAUCACUUUGUCUGGGUGCCAUUCGUUGAAGCAAUCGUUCCACAUGUUGACAUGGAUAGAGGAGAAAUGAUGAUCACACCUCCAAAAGGGCUACUCGAGUUAAAUUUGCGCACCCACGAGAAGUCCAAGAAAGAGAGGCGCCAACUUGAAUGGAAAGAAAGGAAAAAGUUCCGAAAACUCCUCAUAGCAGCAAAAAAGAAGUUAUGUGAACUGGAGCAACAACAUGUGUUUCAUGGGUUUAGAUAUGGUGAUAAAACCCAAACAAGCUUACUUGCAGAUCAGAUUGUUGGAGUGAACUCUAAAUUGCUUCAACAGGCUUUGCAAAAUAUAGACCUAUCCUCUCAAAGAUGGAGUGCUGAUGCUACAAGAACCAACAUUUAUGAUGCUCUGACAACAUCAGAAAACUACCUCACUCCUUUGGUAAGGAUGGAUAAACAGUGUGUAAAUUCUGUUUUUGAAGAGAAGGGGCUUCAUCUGAUUUCGAAGGGCAAAGUUGCCACUGUCUUGGUUGUGACUAAUAAUGCUAAGGAGGCCUCUGACCCUACUAUAUUGUCCAAGUCUCUUGUUCAGACAUUAGAUUGUACUAAUCAGAAGCUAGUGAAGGAAGAAGACCGUGCAUCUAUGCCUCUACUAAUGAUCUGCCCGGCUGGUGAAAUCCUAUCUUUCCAAAAGUUAUUCUCAGAGAAUGAUUAUUUUGGAUUUGACUCUGAGAAGGUUUGGUUUUUGAAAGAACAGAUGCUGCCAGUGGUUGGCUGUCCAGAUGAACAGAAGAGGCAUAAGAUUCUGAUGAAAUCUCCUUGGGAGAUGCUCCAAUCACCAAUAGGAUCUGGAGGAAUUUUAAGUUUGAUUUCAUCAGAAAGUAUUGCUGAUAAUCUUGGUAAAAUUGGUGUGGAAUAUAUACAGAUUUGUAGCACCAAUCGACAAUUUCUCGAUACGAGGACACUGCUUCUUGGGUAUGUUCAUUCUAGGGAAGCAGACGUGGGCAUUCAGGUCGUAGAAGAUAAACUGUUCUCCGAGGAAAGCCCCGACAUCAUAUUCUCCAUGGAUUUCUUGAAGAAGUUGAUGACCGAGACGAACAAACUUCAGUUUGACGCCGCAGUGAAGCCAAACGCACAUGUCGAGCUGGUCGACAAAGAGUGGGUGGAUGUCACCCCUUCGUCUCCCAACUCACGUGAGAUCCGCUGUUCCCUUCUAUUAAGUUGUCUGAAUAUAUGUUCCUCGAACAAGGUUUGCUUACUGGAGAUCCCCGAGUAACGUAACUUAUAACAAUGAUCGAAAUGUAUUAUAGCAAGUUACCAUAGAUGAGGUUUUGCAUGAAUUGCCUAAUUAUAUGACGCAUAUAAAUCAUUUUGACCAUUUUGGAA